CUGGCGCAGCAUUACAAGUGGGGCCUGGACCGGCUGUUUGCGGAGAAGCACAGCCACGCGGUGAUUGUGGAGGACGACAUGCUGUUCAGCCCAGACUUCCUGCUGUACUUUGAGGCCACCGCGCCGCUGCUGGAUGCCGACCCCACGCUGUGGUGCGUCUCCUCCUGGAACGACAACGGCUUUGUGACGGGGCACGCCUGGAACGCCAGCCGCCUCUUCCGCAGCUCUUACUUUCCUGGGCUGGGGUGGAUGAUGAAGCGGGAGCUGUGGGAGGAGCUGGGCCCCAAGUGGCCG